AUGCAUUAUUCUUUAAUAUUUAUAUUCGCAAUACUCUUUGUCACAAUCACACUCUAUGCUAAUGAUAUAGGAAAUGGAGACCCAAUGGAUCCCGAAAAAAUCAAGGCAAAGUUAACAUUACUUCAUAAAGAUUUCUCGACAAAAUCUCAAACCCUAGACAUUCAUGUUCCUUGGUCACGAAAUGAAAUUUUUUGUAUAAAUGUAACCACACCGUCACCUAAGAUAGUUCUAUUUCCUUAUUAUAAUGUUUAUAUUCGUUGGAAAAAAGUACCAGAAUGUAAUAUAAAUACACCCUUAACGAACUUUCAAAUAACUUUAUAUAAUAAUCCAAAAAUUUCAGGAAGUUUUGAAAAAGUCAAGCAUGAUUGGUCAAACAAAAUCGCAUCGGAUGUAACAGAAGAUUAUUACUUAUGGAAUGUUCCAUUACUUUACCGAGAUCUAGUAAAGAAUUUCUCGAUAUUUUACAUUAGAAUUGAAUCAGAAACUAUUGUUAAUAGUGGAAUGUAUAUAGCGUUUGGAAUGACAGGACCAUUUACAAUUUUACAAAAUCCUGAUAAAGAAAAUAAAACCUUAUUUGCAGAAGUUAAUGGUACGGAUCCGAAAGUUGUGGCGCCUACAGUUAUUAGUGAACAAGUCAAAUCUGCAGGGAAAAGCAUUAACGUAAAUCCGAUGUUGAUUUAUUCUGAAAUGGGAAACGCGAUUAUUAAUUUGACAUUGUUGUUAUCUUCUAUAAUGAUGAUCUUUAUUCUGUUCACGUAA